AAGUUUCCAUAAUUAUCGAGAUAAAGAGGCUGCUCUGAAACUGGAUCUCUGCAGGAACUCUAAACCUGCUGCACCGUAACAUCUCCAUCUGAAGUCUCCAUGAAAGAAAUGCACAUUAUGCUUAUUAUUGAUCAUUAUUCUCUGCACUUAAACAUGUUCUAUUUCAGUUUUGAGUGUGACAGAGACAGAAGUGCUAAAAUAAUAGAAUUACCCUCGCACUGUUUGGCAUAGAUACAACGUAAAUGCUACUACUUAUAUAUGCAAGUCUUUUGUAGCUCACUAAUAGAGGUAGGUUUUUUUAAAGUCACUAAUGUCCCGAACACUUUCCACGUUAUUUGUGUGUAACCAAACAGCCACAGUGUUAAAGAUGUGCAGCAGAUACUGCAGGCUGAGAUGAAUGGAGGUGGAGGUCCGGCGGCUGCAGAGUGCUUCAUCUGUGUCGGGGGGGUUUAUCCGUAUUAGUGUAAUCUUUCCUUCUGUGCCCAACAGGUCCGCUCAUCAUCCUCCAUCUUAUACAUCCCGCGUCAUCCUACAGACGAGAACAAGUCACAUCUGCUGCAGCUGGAUUUAUCUCUGUCAGCGAAGAAACACAGCUAGAGCGUCGUUCACUUCCUGACUUCUUUAUUUCGUUUUACGUUUGAUAUCAGCGCCUCCGUCAUGUUCCUCCACCUGAUGCAUGCUGACCGCCGUCUGCAGGAGACACAGCUGCUGUAAGAUGCUUCUUGAUGCAACAAUAUUGAAGGCGGUGCUGCUGCUGCUGCUGGCGGAGGCGUCCUGCAGGACUCACAGCAGCUGGUGUGAGCUGGGCUGCGACUGUCGAGGAGAUCUGAAGUUCACCAUCUGCUCUCGGGGGCUCUUCACCCAGCUCCCCUCCAGAGUGCCGCCUUACACCGAGCUCCUGGACCUCUCCGACAACCUCAUCUCCAUCAUCCCCGAGCGCUCCUUCGACAAGAACCGCAAGCUGCGCGUGCUUCUGCUGCAGAACAACAACAUCAGCGUGGUGCAGCACGGAGCCUUCUCCCAGCUGGAGUUCCUGCAGAAGCUGGACCUGAGGUGGAACCGGAUCUCCGUGCUGAUCGAGGGGUUCUCCGCCGGGCUGUCCUUCCUGCGGGAGCUGCAGCUGGCUCACAACCGGCUGACGCGCCUGGAGACCCACAGCUUCCUGCACCUGGACGCCCUGCAGAGGCUGAACCUGAGCGCCAACAGCAUCCGCUCCAUCCAGGUCAGAGCGUUCGCCCCGAUGAGCGGCCUGCGGCAGCUCCACCUGCAGGACAACCGUCUGACCUCUCUGCGCAGCGGCAUCUUCUCCAUGCUGCGCUCCCUGGAGGUCCUCAACCUGGCCGGGAACCAGAUCAGCGACAUGGAGAUGGGCGUGUUCAAACCGCUCACCAGCAUGUCCCUGCUCAACCUGGCCGACAACAACAUGUCGACGGUGUACUUCAAGACGUUCCUCAGCAUCCACUCCUACAGCAUGCACAUCCUGCUGGAGGAGAACCCGUGGAACUGCGACUGCGACCUGCAGAGAGUUUUCCGGAAGCUGCGCAGCAUCCAGAGGCUGUUCCUGGACGACUACUACAACCUGACCUGCGCUGAGCCGCAGGUGCUCAGAGACUACCGGCUGAUGGACGUGGACACGGAGCUGUGCCUGGCAGAGACCGUCACCGUGCUCAUCAUCACCUUCACUGUGGUGACCACCUUGCUGGCCGCCAUGCUGAUGGGCGAGAGGAAGAGGAAGAAGAAGAAGAAGACGACGCACUGGACGCAGCAGGGGGAACAUUCGGAAGAGUCUGACUACUGAAUCUGUCUAUUUAAGUUUCUUAUUUUCUGGCAUUCUAGCAAUAUUUCCAGGAAACUGUUGCUCCAGUAAAUAUCUCAGGAACAUCUGCAUGGAUAGAGAUUUUCAAUUCUAAGUUCAUUUGUCUUAUUUCCCACAUGCCUCACACCAAAAAGAGUCUGAAAAAGCUUCUACAAAACCAAGACUGUAGAAGAAAAAUCUGCUGCAACAUUUUCUUUAAACGCAAUGUAUAUUUUCACUGCUUUAUUAGUGCAAAGGUUUUAUUUUCUCAUCUUAAAUGUUUGAAUCUGUAUAUUUUAGUUAUGUGUAUGCAUUGUGGUGCAUUU